AUGGCAGCUUCAUUGAGGCAGAGUACGAUAACGGAGAAUCAGUACCGCCCCCUCGACGUCUCCAAGAGCGAAAUCCGCUUGCUCUCCUUCGAAAACACUUCAGAACUUGGACCAAUACGUCUCAGUCUACACUACGCCUCUCUGAGCGACUGGAAACACGAAUACGUCUCCUUUCGCGACCAGAAUGCGUCGACCAUAAGUAGCUACCAGCUCUCCGAGGCCUGGAGCGACCGGCUCGACUUUACACUCGCCACGCCUAGGCGCGAGAUCUACGACAUCGCCGCAAGGUUCACUUGGGGUGACUAUAUCUGCCUAAGCUAUACGUGGGGGGGUCGCGCGGGAGAGAAGGCCACAGUCUUCCUGGACGGCGUUGCCACGGCUGUGGAAAAACAUCUGGAGGCGGCCCUGCGAGACUUGCGAGAAAGCUUCGAGUGCCGACUCGGCAUGAAGGUUUGGGUGGACGCCUUGUGCAUCAACCAGGCCGACAUCAUUGAUCGGAAUACCCACAUCUCACAUAUGAAGGAUAUAUUCGGCGGUGCUUUUGCCGUGACGGUUUGGACGAAGCAGCAAGAGGACCUGCAGGUUCUGGGUCUUAGCCCGCCAGGCGAACAACUUCUUCUCUGCGAGGUGGUCUUGAGAGAAUAUGGGAGGCGAGCUCUCGAGGAGCUUUUGGGGGUCCAAGAGCGCGAUUGGGGAGAGGCGAACGACGAGGACGAACGGCUCAUGGACUUGGUGGAGGACACCGAUGUGCUCGUUUUCAACCAAUAUCACUGGGCAGAUUCCGACGAUGAAGAUGAAUUCGGGUUUGGCAAGCCGCAUUUGCGGGAUAUAGUCCUUGUGGAGUUGAUGCUGCUCUUUCGGAAGGAAUACUGGUCGCGGUUGUGGAUUAUCCAAGAGCUGGCGGUUAGCCCUACAACAUCGGUGGUGCACUGGGGAGAGUCGACAUUCCACUUAUCGACACUUCAGGCCGUAGGCGAAAUUCUUCUCUCUUAUUCCAAGUCUGAGCAGCCCUCGGACUCAGAAAACUGGCGAGAAUUGAAGCCCAGAUUGGACCUCUUGGCAUUUAUAUCCACAUGGAGAGCACUAGAGAUUGCACCAGAUGAUGAUACAGGACGCUCGUUGAACGACGCUUCCAUUCGGCAGCUGAAGCUUCUCGCACAACACGCGACUUGCUCACUCCCACACGAUAAGGUCUACGCGUUGCUUGGACUGCUUCCACCGUCUGUGUCAUCCGCCGUGACGAUUGACUACAGCCGAGAGCCUGCAGACGUGAUUGCGGAGUUUUCCUCUGCAGUUCCGGGAUGGGCACAUCAGCCUUGA